AUGUGGGUCUACGUUCCGAAAGUUUCAGAGAUGUCCUUUCCAAUCUCAUCCGAGUCGAUGAAGACUAUUGCAGCCACAAAGGCCAGCGGCUGUGCAACGAGCAGCAGGGGCUGGGCUUUGUUCAUGCAUGAAUGGUCGACCACAAAUCGACAAUUGCGAUUGUCUUGGACCGAUGGCGUCAGUGGCUGCAACGAGAUUUACUCGGAUACCACGGUGAUGCCGUAUGACCAGUGGGUAAUGACCGGCUUCACUUUUUCCAAGGCUUUCAGUAUCUUUCAGAUCUGGCAACACGUCCCACCAAUUCGGUAUCCAGCGGGCAUCAUGUCGUCCAAAGACGAGGAAUGUCAAGGUGAGCCGGAUGUGACUGGACCCAAAGAGAACAGCGUCGGUGCAAGCGAUGAUGUAUUCUUCGUGUCCCUGUCAUACAAAGGAACAGCCUAUGACGUUCCAGUUCAGGGUGAUGAUCACCUGGCCUCGAUCUUUGACUUUGUGCAGGAGGCGCUCGACUUCCCGAGGGAGAAUUGCAAGCUGAUUUCCAAGGGAAAGAUGUUGAGACCAGAUAACGAUAGCCUCACAGUGGCCGAAGCUGGCUUAAGCGCUGGCAGCAAGGUGAUGUUGGUCGCCAGCUCUGCCAAAGACAUCUCCUUUGUUCAGUCGAAUAGAGCUGAUCCUUUGGUCAAAGGCUUCGCAGAGGAGGAGCGAGAUGAACAAAGCCGGCGGAAAAGAGCCCGUGCAGCUCUAUCGGCAUGGGGUACUAAGCAGGACUCAGAGUUCAACUUUGGCUCCAUCAAGGCAGAGUUCAAGUACUCUGAACCUCCUCCCUAUGAAGCUGAGCGCCUUCUACAAAGAUUAGCAACUGAUCCAGGCAUCAUUGAAAUUAUGAAGACCAGGAAGUUCAAGGUCGGCGUUCUCACUGAGAUGAGCCCUGUUGAAGCACAAGAACGUAUGGCAAAGAGGGGAACGCCCAAUAUGGACCUCUUGGGCUACAAUCAGAACUUUGGUGGUAUGAUUGUGCUGCGGUUGCGGACGGACACCCUAAAAGGCUUCCGACCCUACCAUGACUUGAUCAAUACGUUGAUUCAUGAGCUUACGCACAAUGUGUGGGGCCCACAUGAUCACAACUUCUGGAAGCUUUUUGGUGAGCUGAAGGCUCAAUACAUGCGCUUUCACCGUUUUUGGAGUCAUGGUGGCCGAGCAGCAGAUAGCAAUGCCGCUGGGCAGUUUCAAGGUUUUGAUGGCCAGGAUGAAGGUCCUAAGGACGCGAACUUCGGACAAAGGCUGGGUGGCGAUGUUGAGCUCUCAGCCGAACAGAAAAGGUCCAGGGCCCUGGCUGCACUGGAGCAGAGGAUGCCAGAAGCUCCUUCCAAGCAGAAACGCGAAGUAGCUCCAUUUGAACCUUCUUCAGACUCGGAUUUGGCCAAAGCUUUUGUCCCCAACUUCCUGGCCUCCAACGGUGGUUGGAUGUUAGCAUGUCCCUGUGGGCAACUGCAUGAGGUGUCGGAAGAGACAAAGAAUCAAUUGGAGGGACUUUUUCUUGAAGGCUUCAGUGGCUGUUUGAUUACACCCACAGAAGUUCCUGAAGUUCCCGAAGUUCCAAUGGUCGAAGCUGCACCCGAGGUGCCGGAAGAUAUCCCAAAGGAUGAGCCCAUGGAGGCCGAGGAUGUUGCAAAAGAUGUUACAAAAGCCACUGAGUCCGGAGUUUCAGAGGAAGAACCAGCUACUGAAGCUCCUGUAUCACCUUGUAGUGAACUUCCUUCCGCUUCGCAUGCUUCGCUUCCUUUAGACCUAGCAGACUUGGAAGCCCAAGGGUUGGAUGGGGCAGCCGUUUGGAUGCAACGCUUUGAGAGUGCUCUCCAAACCAUGGAUUCCAAAUGCAGAGCUCCUGCCGUGGAGAUACUGUUGAAGCUGGUCAGCAACGCUAUCCAGAAACCGGGUGAAGCCAAAUUUCGCCGUGUCCGGGCAGAGAACCCCGCAGUGAGGUCUAAGCUUCUAGCUGCCGGGCCAGGUGCCGAAGCCUUGUUGACACUCCUGGGCUUUGAAGUGACAACGGAAGGUAUGGAACGAGUCUUUGUCCUUUCAGAUCAGUGCUUUGAUGUUGUUCGGCUGAGAAUGGGUCAAGAGCUCUUGGAGGUAGAGAUAGGGACCUUGGAGAUCCUUGGAGCCUUGAUGCACUAUCCGAUUGAAGAGGCCAACAUCCACCAACGGGCACUGUCGGAUUCUAACAAGCUCUUGCUUGGCGCCCAUCUCCUUACAAAGCCGACGGAUACUGCCAUGGCCCAUGGUUUCAUCGGCUUUUUCGGUGAUUUGCGGAUGCUGAAGCAGUCCACAGAUGGAUCAAAGCUGGUCAAUCUGCUUCACUGCGACACAAAGGACUUAACCAGUGGAUCCCAAAAUUGCGGCGUUAGCACAUCGGCGUUGCACGUGCUGGUGCAACAUCAGGUUGGCGAAGAGUCACUCAACUCAAUAUCGGGCGCAAGACUCCAGCCACGCUACGUCAAGGGUUACAUCCCAGGAGAGGGCCAGAUAUCUUCGGUUCCAGUGCUGAAGUGGGACCAGAAGCCCGUGCAUCCGCUGGUGAUGGAACCUGCAGGAGCAGCAGUGGACAUCCAGACACUCCCUGGCACCACCCUGUCACCAGAGCAGCUGAGGGCAACCUGGCCAAAGGAGUGGAUCUCCCAGUAUGGAGAAGAAGCACUCGUAAAGUCUCAGCAAGAAGCAGAUGGUUGGGCUGCAGAGGUACGCGGAGCCAUGAAGCACACCUGGGAUGGCUACAGGUCAAAAGGCUGGGGACAUGAUGAAGUGCAACCAAGCUCUGGCAGAACCAAGGACUGGUGUAGAAUGGCAGUGACGAUGUUGGAUGCCCUAUCGACCUUGUGGAUUAUGGGGCUUCACCAAGAGUUCGAGGAAGCCGCCAAGUGGCUGGAAUCGAACUGGCUUCCAGGACCUGGCAGUCAUGGCCAACACAGCCUCUUUGAGAUCAACAUCAGGGCGUUUGCAGGUUUGCUGUCAUCCUACUCCCUGAGCGGCAAGCGAGUAUUCCUCGAUACUGCCAACCGCCUUGGAGAGAAGUUGCUGGGUGCGUUCACCGCGCCUAGUGGGCUUCCAAUGCCGACAAUUGACAUUGGCACUGGUAGAGCGGAAAUGCACAAGUGGAACUCCAACACGGUAUUGGCGGAGGUGACCACCCUGCAGGUGGAGUUCCGAUACAUGUCCAAGGCUACAGGUGACUCCCGGUACCAAGAGGUGGCAGACAAGGCCAUGCAGGUGGUACUGAAGGCUGCGGGACAACGUGGCCUGGUGCCGCGGGGGGCCACGGAGCUGUUCUGUAGCUUUUUAUCAACAGUGGGCGUCCGUCUUGAGAAGAGCGAAAUGCUCAACGCACAGAAGAGAAAAUGCCUUUCGGCACUUGCGAUGGACAUUUGUCUACCUUGCCUUCUCUUUAGUGCAGUGCUGCCCGAGGCGGACGCCCAGUUGUUGGUGGAAGGUUGGGAGCUACUCUUGUGGCCCUUCAUCUACGCCACGGUGAGCGCGCUCCUGGGGGUACUUUGCUGCAUGGCUGUUGGCAUCCCGAAGCAACACCUUGGAGCAGCAGCAGCCUGCGCGGGCUUUCCGAACGUGAAUGGCUUUCCAGUCUCUGUGGUUAGUGCCCUCGGGAGUGCCAUUCCAGCGUCUGAAACUGGCUACUCAGCAAUCGUGUUCCUCUCCAUCAUCCAGCUAACAGAUGGCCUCCUGAAGUACACCUUGGGCCCUGCGAUCUUCCGCAGAGACCGGCGUGCUCGGAACCUUGGGAGCAGUCAUGAUAUGCCCCUGGGGCAUUCAUUGCACAGCAUCCAGGAUGUAAAUGAGCAGGCAGCGCAGCCCAUCGACGACGAUAAGACUGACUGGGGACUAAGUCAUGACCAGGUGUGCUGUGUAGAGCCAGACUGGAGCCGAUUCGAUUCCUACCAUGUGUUUCAGGAGCGACCGUCUCGAUGCAUGAACGAUGCGAAAUGCUCGCCGCUGUUGCAGCGAGAAAAGUUUCAGGAGUCGCGUGUUGGAGGACUUGAGAGUUGGCGUUGGUCACUGUCGGUGCCUUCGCUGGCAGAUUUCCAGGACGUGCUGCGGCAGAUCAUGCCGCCGCAGGUCACAGCUGUCCUUCUAGCUUUAGCCAUUGGCCUUGGACCUGCCUGGGCGAAAGGCCUGCUGAUUCCGGCAAAUGAGGAGAGCUUUGCAGCCUUGGGCUUCAUCUACGGCGUAGCGCAGGAACUUGGGAACGGAUUCGUUCCUUUGCAGAUGAUUUCUUUGGGUGGCCGCAUGCUGAACGUGGUGGGCGACAAUGGGCCGCUGGCCAGCAAACCUGCCAACAAACAAAACAGAUCGAAAUUGCUGCGGAUUUCUGGCGCUGUAGGUCUGGCCAGGAUGAUCUUGGCGCCCAUUGUGCUUUACUUCGUGGCUUAUGCCAUUGACAUCCACUAUUUCCAUCCUCGGGGCCAGACGCGGCCACUGGCAUUCUGGGCACCAGCAUUGAUUGUGGCAGCGAUGCCAACAGCCAACAACAUGAGCACUAUGGCAGACCUCAUCGGCAGCGGGAGAUCAAUUGCUGCAGCCACAACGGCCAUGCAGCUCAUGGCAGCUCCUGCAGCUCUCCUGUAG